AUGGAUGAAGUUAAUGCGAAGCGAAGACGCAUUCCUAACCUGUUUGACAAGAACGACACUGUCACUUGUGAUCUGAGGCGAACUGCUGACCUCAUAGGAACUGCUGACCUCAUAGAAACUGCUGACCUCAUAGGAGCUGCUGACCUCAUAGGAACUACUGACCUCAUAGGAACUGCUGACCUCAUAGAAACUGCUGACCUCAUAGGAGCUGUUGACCUCAUAGGAACUGCUGACCUCAUAGGAGCUGUUGACCUCAUAGGAACUGCUGACCUCAUAGGAGCUGCUGACCUCAUAGAAACUGCUGACCUCAUAGGAGCUGUUGACCUCAUAGGAGCUGUUGACCACAUAGGAACUGCUGACCUCAUAGGAACUGCUGACCUCAUGGGAGUUGUUGACCUCAUAGGAACUGCUGACCUUAUAGGAACUCCUGACCUCAUAGGAACUGCUGACCUUAUAGGAACUCCUGACCUCAUAGGAACUGCUGACCACAUAGGAACUACUGACCUCAUAGGAACUGCUGACCUCAUAGGAACUACUGACCUCACAGGAACUGCUGACCUCAUAGGAACUACUGACCUCAUAGGUACUGACCUCAUAGGAACUGCUGACCUCAUAGAAACUGCUGACCUCAUAGGAACUACUGACCUCAUAGGAAGUGCUGACCUCAUAGGAACUAAUGACCUCAUAGGAACUACUGACCACAUAGGAGCUGCUGACCUCAUAGGAACUGCUGACCUCAUAGGAACUACUGACCACAUAGGAGCUGCUGACCUCAUAACUGCUGACCUCAUAGGAACUGCUGACCUCAUUGGAACUACUGACCACAUAGAAACUGCUGACCUCAUAGGAACUACUGACCACAUAGGAACUGCUGACCACAUAGAAACUGCUGACCUCAUAGAAACUGCUGACCUCAUAGAAACUGCUGACCUCAUAGGAACUACUGACCUCAUAGGAACUGCUGAACUCAUAGAAACUUCUGACCUCAUAGAAACUGCUGACCUCCAAGGAACUACUGACCUCAUAGAAACUGCUGACCUCAUAGGAACUACUGACCUCAUAUGA